GGUACAUAGGAAAAAAAAAAAACAAAGCUUAUCGCUUUCCCUUUACAUACCUCUCUCUCUCGCGCGCGCGCAUGGCUUCCGCCACCAAGGAGAUAGCCACUGACCUUACCCCUGCCCUCCGAGUCUACAAAGACGGCACGGUAGAACGACUCUUUGGCUCACCCCACGUCCCACCAUCUCCAGAAGACCAAACCACCGGUGUCUCCUCCAAAGACGUCACCAUCUCACCACUCAUCUCCGCCAGACUCUACCUCCCCAAAACCACCACCACCCAAAAGCUCCCGAUCUUAGUCUACUUCCACGGCGGAGCCUUCUGCGUCGAAUCCGCCUUCUCUUUCUUGGACCACCGAUACAUGAACCUAAUUGCAUCUGAAUCGCAAGCUCUUGUAGUUUCAGUCGAGUACAGGCUCGCUCCAGAGCACCCUUUGCCUGCGGCUUAUGAAGAUUGCUGGGAUGCUACUCAGUGGGUCGCUUCACACGCCGUUGACGGAAAUGAUGAUGGUGGCGAUAAAGAACUCUGGUUGAUCAACCAUGGCGAUUUUGAGAGGGUUUUCAUUGGUGGGGACAGUGCUGGAGGUAAUAUUGUACAUAACAUCGCCAUGCGUGCUGGUAUUGAGAGAUUUCAUGGCGAUUUGAAGAUCUUGGGAGCUUUUCUUUCUUGCCCUUACUUCUGGGGAUCCAAGCCUUUGGGAUCGGAGCCAAGUGAAAGCCGUGAACAGAUGUUGACUUACAGGAUGUGGAUGUUUGUUUAUCCUUCGGCGCCUGGUGGCAUCGACAACCCGAUGAUCAAUCCAUUUGCCGAUGAUGCGCCAAGCUUGUCGGGGCUUGGAUGCUCAAAGGUGUUGGUGUGUGUUGCAGAGAAGGAUACUCUAAGGGACAGAGGUGUACAUUAUGUUGAGGCUGUGAAGGAAGAAAGUGGGUGGAAAGGUGAAGUGGAGCUUGUUGAGGUUGAAGGAGAGGACCAUUGUUUUCACAUCUUUACUCCCGACACUGAGAAUGCAAAGAAUCUCAUAAAGCGCUUAGCUUCUUUUAUUGCACAGUGACUUUGUUCCUUUUUUUACAACCAGCGUUUAUGUUUUCGUCGAUUAUACUCUUAAACUUGAAUAUUGGUCACUAUGAUCCGGUUGAUUUUCAAACAUGUUCUUCUUAUGAAUAAAGAAAACUGACUCUUAGGAGUAUGAGAAAUAAAUUUGUUCAUGUUGUGUAAGUUUCAAAGCUAUCCAUGUAUGGGACAUGCAAUUUUUAGUUAGAGUUAUGUUCAAUCGAAAGCAUCAUAUAG